GUCAUUUUUUGGUCUACGACAAUAAUCCGGCGGUCGUAGGCACGGACAUCGAGAGAUACUUGCGGCAGCUGCAGAAGAUCUGCGGUGGCCGCAGCUUUACCAUAUGUCAUAUCUUUAUCUUUUAUAACGUUUUUCAUUUUUUUAUGUUCGCCGUAGCAAUAGACAUGUUGUAGCAUAGCCACAAUAAUGUGUAUAGUGAACUUUUUUAACAUUUGAAUAUUCAUUUUGUUCCCUAUACGCCACAAGUCGACUGAUUCAUCCCAAUGUAAAAUAUAUUCUUCAACUGUAAAUCCACAAUAUUCAACACUGCAUUGUUAAAUGGAACCACAAAGUUAAACAUAAAUUAUUUUUAGCCAAUACCUUUCUCAUCAAUACAUUUAAGUGUUUCAUGAAAAUUCAGAUUGAUCUGUCAACAAAGCAUCACAAUUUUUUUAACUAUCUAGCAGGUGCCCGUUAUCUUUCCACUCAAUAUACUUAGCACUGGGAUCUGUCAUUCUUGGCUAGGAAAACAACAAGUGGGAUAUGGACACGUAGAGUCGCCACAACAAAAAUCUUCAAAGACUCAGAAGCGGCUGUUUCUAUGGGCUAGUUGUAGCCAUGCCUUAGAGCACUUCCAUGUUUGGUGUACGUUGGCCAUGUGUUUGGUGGCAGCUUCCCUUUGAUCUUAUGAAUUACAAUUUACUGUUGCUGACCCACAAUGAAUUGCUGCAGCUGCAGGAAUUCCAUGCGUGCUGUAAGGAGCCUUAAGGCACCCCUUUGGUGGCCUUACAAUAUGUUGUACACACUGCGGGGAUUUCAAGGUCAGUCGCAAUCUGCUUUGUGCAGGGAGCAGGCUGGUUGCAGUUUCCUUCUAGAAGAGUUCCUUGUCAAAUUUUAUCCACACACUAUCCCAUUGUGAAAGCAAAACUUCUGUCAACUGCCACCUACAUAUGCUAGGAUUUUGAACAAUUUUAAAAUAUGGACAGUAUUUCAAGCACAACAAAAGAGCCCAUAAAACCAAAAUCAGUAUCCGCAAAAUUAUGGGAGCGGUUUCAAGCUCUGGAGUCUCGUACAAAUGAAGUUACCAGGAGAUCAACUGAGAAAAGAAUCAAACAUUUAAAAAAGAAUAUUUUGGAUACAGUUCAGCAGAAGCUUAGCUCAGAGGAAGAGAAAGAUAUCCUAAAACAGCACAAAGUAGACCUGGGAACAGAAAGUUGCGACAACGAGAAGCAGAUAACCCCACAGACCACAGUCCCUAGAAAUGUGGAGGCAGAAACAUCCUGUUCACAGACAGACAGUGCUGAAAGGUUGAAGGAGCUGGACAGUUACCUUGGAGUGAACGAUCACCUACAUCAGGGUUCAUCUUUGGCUGGACAGGGUGAGAGUGGAUUGGAAAAGCAGAUAGAAGAGGCAUUAAAACAAGGCGACGUUAAGUCAGCAGAGGAAAUGAGUGACAGACUAGCUACAAGAAAGUUUGGUGUCAGGAUCCAUGAGGCAGUGGAAGCCAGGGAUUACACUAAACGAAAACAGGCAGAGGAAGCAGAAGUCAAAGCCAAGAAAAGAAAGACAUUGCAUUGGGGUUUUGGCCAUAAGCAGCGCUGGGAAACAAAGAGUAACAUGUGAUAGUCAUGUAGUGAGGACAUGUAAUAUUCAAACUUCGUCUGGAUAACAACAAGAUCAACUAAACAUGUAUUAAAACUUAAGUGUUGUGAGGUGAUGAGAGUAUUAUCUGCCCCAGAUAUGGACUUAAGUGUGUCAAAUACCACAGAAGGAUUAACCACGGACGUUUAAAGUAUGCUUUAUACAAUGUAGGUCCACGUAAAUACAGACCAUUUCUUUAACAGUCCUGGUAUUUUCAAUUUCUUUCACUAUACCAUUCAGCGACUAAAAAGUGAAUUGAUUUUGAUAAGAUGCUGUGUUUUUCCUUUUGUUAAAUUGUAUUUUGUUUGUUGAUUCAAUAAAUGUGUUCAAACCAAGUUCUAGCAACAUUCAAUAUACAUGAAACAUAUAUAUGGAUUAAAGAAAUUUAUACAGAAA